CCGCGCCGGCAAUCACGCAACGUAGAAUCUUUGACGCAACCUCCAACCCCCACGCAUUGACGAUUGCGUCGAGAGCAUCAACCAGGAGCCUGCCAAGAUGUCGUCCGCCGGCAAAUGGCGCGAGGAGCAGGUCCUCAUCAUCUGCCCUGGCAGCCAGACGACCAUGGCCCAGAUGGGCUGCAGCGAAUUGACACCGCCAGCGCAUCGAUUCCCGACGAGAAUGUUUCGCGAUGGGGAUGCGUGGCGGCCGUAUCAUACCUAUAUGCGCAAAAAGACAGUUGCGGGGGUUGAGACGGAGGAAUGGGUAGAGGACGUGGAUUCAGACGAGGGCGCGACGUAUCCGUUGCAAGCUGGCCGGAUUAUCAACAUGGAGGCUUUCCUCGCGUUCCUCGACCACGUGCACAGCAUGCUCACGACGACGUACCACAACACGCCCAUCAUGCUGAUGGCCUCACCGCAAUGGACACGGCCGGACUGCGAGGCGAUUGCGCAAUACAUCUUUGAAAAGACGCGGACGCCAGCUCUAUGCCUGAUCCACAGCGCCGUCGCCACGCAGUAUGGACUCAAGUUUCCCAGCAUGACCGUCAUCGACAUUGGAUACGAAAAGGUCGACGUGUCAGCAAUCUACGAGGGCCGCGUUGUUCACCACGUCGAUAUUGGCAGCGGCCUGUCGGGCCAGAGGGCAGUCAGCGGCGGGGAGGUCUUCACGCGCCGACUGGAAGCGCUGCUGAAGGGCCAGGGCUUCAACAAGGACAUGGCGGAGCAACUGAAGAGGAGUGCAAUCUGCGAGGUGCUGCCGUACGCGAGCGGAGAGGAGGCGUUGGCUGAGCUGCCGACCGAGGACACGCGUGGCGUGGGCGCGGCGGGCGAUGCCCCUGUCGAAGAACUGGCGCCGCCGCCCAAGCCCGCUGAGAACGGCGAGGCGGGCGCCGAAGGCGAAAAGGAGGCCGACGACGAUGGUGUUCUCGACGUCGCGAGCAUCGUUACGAGCGGGCAGACCAAGGAAUUCCUCGCUAAGAAGGAGAAGGAAAAGGGCAAGCCUGGGCGCAAGCCCAAGGAGGUAGAGACGACGGCGCAGAAGGCCGCCCGGUUAUCGAACAAGGAGAAAACCCACAACACAUUCGUCUUUGAAGAGGUCGUUCAGGAGGAGGUCAAGCCACAGCCAAAGGUCGCAUCAGACGCCGCGCCUGCUGCCCCAGCCCCUGCUGCCCCUGCCACUGCGGAUACAACAGCAUCAGAGAACAAACCUGCAGAGCCGGCAAGCGCUGACGGCGCCGAGCCGAAACCCGAGUCGCAAGCUGAUGUCUCUGGCGAAGCUUCGGACGACAAGCCAGCCGCAGCGCAGCCAGAAGCCGAGCCCGCGACUCAACCACCUGCCGAGCCCAAGGCGGAGGAAGUCCCAAGUGAGCCCGAACUCCGCGUCAAGCGUGUGAAGCGCGACAUUGAAGUUGGCCUCGAGCGGUUCACGUUUGCCAGCCGCGAAGAGAUCGACCGGAUCGUGCAGACCAUCUACAGGGCGAUCCAAGGAAUCGAGGAUCAGUACAUGCGCCCCGCUUGCUGGGAGAAUCUCGUGUUUGUGGGCAACGGGGCCCGUCUCCGGGGGCUGCGCGACAACAUUCUCCAGACGCUCAACGCGCGCCACCUCGUCUCGCCCUCCACGGCGACCAUGUUCACGUCCGAACUGCCGUCCAACGUGGCCACCCCGACCGGCACGGGGGCGCAGACACCCACCGGAUCCUUCACGGGCACGCCGCACCAGCUCGGGCCCAACGGGGUGAGCAGCAGCAGCGGCGUGAACCCGCUCCUCCAAGCCGCGACGACGGCCAACACGCUCGGCGUUGCCGGCGGUGCCAGCGCUCCUACGACGGUGGCCACCCCGCAGGGCCCUGGCUCCGAGGCCGGGGCCGCCACGCACGUCGUGUCGCAGCACUUUCACAGCCAGACGCCCACGGCCAUCAAGACGGUCAGCCUGCCCACGUACCUUCAAGAGUGGACGCGGAACGGUUUCGAAGAGAGCAUGUUCCUCGGCGCACAGGUAGCGGCGAGGAUUGUGUUCUGCGUGCAUUCCAAUAUGGAUGCCCAGAGUAUCGAGGCGCAGCGCAUGGCGAGCCUGAGCCGCGUAGACUACAAUGAAUAUGGCCCCAAGGCUGUGCGAACGCACUCGUUGCUGGGAUGAGCGUGGACCGACUGCACGAGCUGACUUGACCUUUUUCUUUACAGGAGUUUAUGGAAAAGGAGGGAGGGAUGGAGGGCGCUGCUACAUACGUAGUGACUCGCACGGCUUGGGGAACAAGUCGGGAGAAGCAGGCGAGUUUUUGAUAGAUACCAAUGAUGAAACAACGACCCAUCAAAUGGUUUGCCCGCUAUGCUUGUGCAGUAUGGCCGUGUUUUUAUGCUCUAUAUACCAUUCUAAAAGAUACUCAAUAAAGGUGGUUCCUCUGCAGGAAACAAUGCGGUAGAUGGACAUGAGAAAAAUGCCAGUUAUGCUUACAGCGCCAAAAACCAACCGUGUACUUGUUCAGUCGUAAAUCAAACGUAAGGACGUGCCUUACUUAGCCAGCGUUGUUUCUGACUUCCGCUUCUGCCGCGGCCGCAUCCCAACUCGUGAGGUA